AUGGAGCAGCUUGCCAAGGAUCUUUUUGAGAUAGGUGCGGUCAAGUUUGGCACGUUCAAACUCAAGUCUGGGAUAGCGUCUCCAUUCUAUGUCGAUCUGCGCGUUGCUGUCUCGUAUCCUCGAGUUCUGAGAAGCAUUGCGGCUCUGUACCUAGAGUGCUUGCAGGACUUUUCUGGCGCUUUCGACGUUAUUUGCGGGGUUCCAUACACUGCGCUCCCUUUUGCGACAGCAAUGGCUGUGCAGGGAGACUUACCUAUGGUUAUGUGUCGAAAGGAGGUCAAAGACCAUGGAACACGGCGAGUUGUUGAAGGUGCUUUCACACAAGGCUCUCGUUGCUUAAUAAUCGAGGACGUUGUUACAAGUGGUUCAAGUAUUCUGGAAGUUGUGGGCGCAUUGCGCGCAGAGGGUCUCAAAGUGGAUCACGCGAUCGUCUUGCUUGAUAGGGAGCAAGGCGGGUGUGAGGCGCUUCUCGGCCAGGGAAUAGGGCUCCGAUCUGUUUUCCGCAUCAGCGACCUCGUUGGGACGCUGCGGAAUUUGAACUUGCUUGAGCCGGGGAAGGUGGAUAUGAUUCUAGAUUUUAUUCGCACGGCCCGCGCAGCAUCAGAUGUUAAGCGCCCCGAAACAAACGUUCCAUCCGCAUUGCCAGUCGCCGCAUCAAGUUCUUCCCCGGUGCGAGAUCAACUUUACUCAAUCGCAGAAAAAAAGAGAAGCAUAUUAUGCGUUGCGGCAGACGUACAAUCGACUAAGGAGCUUCUUGGAAUUGCAGAUGCAGUAGGCCCCCACAUCUGUGUUCUGAAGUUGCACGCCGAUAUUAUCCAGGACUGGACGACGGACACAUCAAGACGCCUUCGAGAGCUCGCGGACAAACACAGUUUCAUGCUUUUUGAGGAUCGAAAAUUCGCUGACAUAGGAAACACGGUUGUUGCACAGUUCAGCGCAGGCGUACAUCGGAUCUCUUCCUGGGCGGACAUUGUCAAUGCACACGCCAUCCCGGGCCCUGGACUGAUUGAGGGCCUGCGCCACGCUUGCGCAAUUUCCGGCAGAAUGAUUGGCCUCCUGUUAGUCGCACAAAUGUCCAGCAAAGGGAACUUGAUUGACGAGAGAUACACUGCUACAUGCCUGCGGAUGGCCCGCGAAGCGUUUCCGUUCUGUAUCGGCUUCAUUGCCCAGGAGCGUCUGGACCCGACAGGGAAGCUCUUUGUGAUGGCGCCUGGUGUGCAACUGGAUUCAAAGGGCGAUCAAUUAGGCCAACAGUACAAUUCACCACAGUAUCUGCUGAAGCGCAAGGGUGUCGACUUCCUUAUCGUUGGCCGCGGUAUCUACGGGAGUGAAGAGCCAGCAAAGGCGGCCCAGAUGUACAAAGAGUUGUCGUGGAGCGUCCUUCACGGCUAA